AUGGACAGCAAACUCACACAACAAAGCUCCGAGCAUCCAGCCGCCCAGCCAAAAUAUAUUCUACGAGGCCACACAGCCCAAAUCCACYCAGUACUCUUCCUCCGCUCCAACACCCGAAUUCUCACCGGCGACGCGGACGGCUGGGUGGUUCUUUGGGACACGGCGACGAAACGCGCGGUUGCAGUUUGGAAAGCGCAUGGAACUACUAUUUUGGGGUUGGGAAGAUGGUGGGAUGAUGGAGUUAUCACACACGGGAGAGAUAACAAGCUAUACGUCUGGCAACUCAAACCAGAAGACGAGAAGGAAUUAUCAAAGAACCUCCCAAUCGAAAACGCAAGUGAACAAGAAAGCACGAAACCCAACCUCUUACACGCUCUAGACGUGAACACCCUCAACUUCUGCUCCUUCGCCAUGUGCCACACAAACGACCCCAAAACUCUCUUAAUCGCCACACCAGGAGUCCAAGACGGACACAUAAACAUAACAUCCCUCCCAACAAACCAACGAAUCGCGACGAUUCCCGCACCAAAAGGACUCAACACCGGAAUGGUCAUGGCAUUAGGAUUAUUCCWCGCCCCCUCCAAAAAAGAAGGAAACCUACAAGUUUUAACCGGGUAUGAAAGUGGUCAUGCAUGUAUCUGGACCCAACAAACAGACCCCUCCUCCUCCUCCUCCUCCUCGUAUCAAGUCACAUAUCUAUCAAAACCCCACACCCAACCAAUCCUCUCCCUAGGAAUCGCCUCCUCGCAAGAAACAUGGUUCACAAGCGGCGCAGACGCAAUUAUAGCUCGUCAUCCCCUCUUCUCCAAUACAACAACGACAACAUCAGGAGAGACGGAGAAAACCUUACAAACGAAACAUUCCGGCCAACAAGAUCUUUCAGUACGGAAUCACGACCAGAAGAUUUUCGCUACGGCGGGUUGGGAUGGAAGGGUUAGGGUGUAUAGUGUGAAGAGUAUGAGGGAAUUGGCUGUGUUGAAGUGGCAUGGGGAAGGAUGUUAUGCGGUUGCUUUUGCGGAGGUGGAUGUGGAGGGGGAAAAGCAGGAAGAGGAUGAAGGACCUGGUGAGGUGGGGAAGGUGGGGAAGGGGACAGUUAAGGGUAGGAGGGAGGAGAUUGCUAGGAGGACUCAUUGGCUUGCUGCUGGGAGUAAAGAUGGGAAGGUUUCGUUGUGGGAGAUUUAUUGA